AUGCCUGAAAAGCAAAAUUUUACAAAGAAAAGUAUUUUAGUCACACCUAGCAGAGUUGUGAAUAACCCAGAUGAGAUUGAAGGUGGAGAAGAAACUGAGAUUGCUGCACAAAUAUCGGUUCCUCAAGAUGGAGGCUGGGGAUGGGUGGUCGUUAUUGGAGCUUUUUUCAGCAUUCUAAUAAUGGAUGGAGUAGUAUUUACAUUUGGAAGCUUAUUAAACGACAUGGCGAACGAUUUGAAAUUGCAGGAAUCCUUAGUGAAUCUAAUAAAUUCAAUCGCCGUAGCGUUAUAUUUUGUAAUGGGUCCAUUGGCUUCAGCAUUGAUCAAUCGAUUCGGUUUCCGGGCGUGUAUGAUGACUGGGUCUGUGAUCUGUACGUUUUGUCUUUUUUGUUCAUAUUUUAUUACGAGUUAUUUAGGAAUGUGUAUAUUUUAUGGUGCAAUGACUGGUUUUGGGUGUUGCUUAAUUAAUAUGUCUUCAAGUUUGGUGGUUGGUUUUUAUUUUGAGAAACUUCGAUCAAUUGCUUUGUCAGUGACUACAACAGGAUCAAGCAUUGGAAUAAUGAUCAUGUUUCCAAUAAACUCCUAUUUAGUCAAGUUAGGAGGAUGGAGAUUACCUACCCUAAUACACUCCGGUUUAUUCGGCUUAAUAUUUUACUUCGGUAUGACAUUUAGACCAUUACUAUCGCUGACUGUUGUUAAUACGUCUGAUGACCCCACCAGAACGGUGACUUAUUUACCUAGCAUAUCAACGGCUUCUGUCCGACGUUCGCCAUCAAGAAUUUCUAAAGUUGAAGUUCUUACACCGACUGCUACGGAACGAUUGUUUGGAGCUGUUUCUAAUGCGAAUUUUCCCACUGCUGCAGCUGUAGUUGAAGAUAAUACAGUACUACCAACUUCACAAGCAGGUCCAUCUACGCUUGCUGUGUCUAAAAUUACACUCAAAGCAAAUAGCCCGCAAGGUGGUAUAAGUCGCCGACAGCUACAGCGAGUAAGGUCUGCGAUAUCAAGUAGUGUGCUAGAUAAAACCAAAAGAAAUAUUGAAUUAACUGUUCAUGAAGACAAAUCUGUACAUAAAGGUUGUUGCGGGCGAUUGUUUCACUGGGAAAGUCAUGACCCACAAUUAAGACCAUUAUAUCGAGAUGAUGCUUUUUACGAUGGCAAAUUAAAAAAUCUUCCAGUGUAUCAAAAAAGUAUGCUAAAUACUACUGAAGAAACAAAAACUGGUCUCGAGUACCAGUUAGCCGUAUCACGUGCUGUUACUACAGCAGAUUUGCAAGAAAAUAAGGGAUUAUUUACAACUGCCGCAAGAAGAAUACUUGCAACAAUGAUGGACCCUAAGUUGUUGAAACGAUGUUCUUUUUUACUUUUAUGUACAAGUGGUAUGCUAACGUAUUUAGGAUAUUUAGUACCAUAUGUUUUCAUACAAAACCGAAAUGAGAAUGCAGGUAUAGCAGCAAACGACUGUAGAUUUUUUGUUAGUGCCAUAGCCUUCGCCAAUACUGCAGGUAGGUUGGCUUUAGGCUUUAUUGCGUAUAAAGUGGACCCCUUAAAGUUGUAUUUUUUAUCAUGUACGAUUUCUGGCGUAGCAACGAUAUGUUCAAACUUUUCAUUUGAUUUACAUUAUCAAUACCUUUAUUGUUGUAUUUUUGGAUUUUCAAUUGCUAGUGUGGCUAGUCUUCGGUGUAUGAUUAUUGUAAAUAUAUAUGGCUUGGAUAAACUGACAAAUGGGACCGGAAUAAUUUUGAUGUUUCAAGGAAUAGGUUCUUUGGUCAGCACACCAGUAGCCAGUGUUAUAAAGAAACAUUUUGGAUAUUCAGCAGCGUUCUAUGUCGCAGGUUCAUGUUUGACCUUAAGUGGUUUAUGCUUAUUGCCUUUAAAAAAUAUAGCAAUCGUUGAAAACAGAAAAAUUGAAAAUUUAAAAAGGAAUUUUAUUAAAACAAAUACAUAA